AUGUCGACGACAAUAUCAGAUGUUGAGCGAAUCAAUCAUUUAGAAUGGCGUUUAAAACGUUUGGAGAAUUUCAUUGGAAAAUCGGAGAAAUUAGAUAAAAGACGAAUUAAUGAAACAAUCAAUGAUCUUAAUGAAAAUAUUUUUCGAUAUGCAACGAAUAAUAAUACAGCUAAAACAUUGUUAAAUAAAGUUGAUGAAAUCAAUCAUUUAACAAGUUCUGACUUUCAACGACGUUUAUUAACAGAUCGGGCAACAAAAUUAGAACUCAUACUUGCUGAUGAAGAACGUAUACGUGAGGUAACAAAGGCUCUUUCCGAGAUCGACUCAUUAGCACGUGUACUUGAUGUUGAACAUUUUAAAGAAAUACCAAAAUUAUUUGCAAUGUUAAAUAAAUUAUUGGUCACUCAUAAUGAUAUAAAGAUUCAUCACAGUGAAUUUACACAAGCAUUAAGUAGCUUUCUGCAAAAUUAUGCAGCUUUUACAUUGAUGAUGGACGAAAAUCUUCAACAAUAUAAACAAAUUCUAAAUAAAAACCAAAAAAAUUUAUCAGAAAUUCAAGACAAUCCAAUUGAAUAG